GCGGCGGGCCGCAGCCAAUCAGAGCAUUGUUUUUCUGUCACGUCGAUGCAGGGAUAGUAAGCUAACGGUUAAUGCAAAGUUAAACUAACAUAAAGAACGUGGAUUGUAGCACGAAGCUAAGUAGCACGAAAGGGUUUUAUUGCUUUUUACCGAGCCGUGUUUGUGGGACUUUUAUCUGAGGACAUGCGGGGCGGCCAACACCAAAAGGAGACGCAUACUGAGUGACGCGAGCUAACCAACUUAGCCUUUGCAUGCUAAUUUUGUAACGUUCCGCAAGGCCGCAGAGAAACACACGAGCUGCUUCCUGUUCUUGCUUCACUGAGAAUGUAGGUUACAUCACGAAUAGAGUAACACAUUUAAACGUGUAUAUACGUAGCCCGUUCAGUGGAGUAAUCGAUUGCAUUGGAGUGUGAUUUAGUUGAGCUUAUAAGCUACCUAGCGUGUUAGCUCUUCUGCUAGCUAGCUAGUAUGAGUGAACCUUCGGGCUGCACACAGUCCGCUGACUCUGCAUCGAGGAAACGGUGUCCAUCACCCGACCAGGAUGAAGGCAGCACGAUUCCCAGCAAGUCCUCCAAAGUUAGUAAGGCAUCAGCUGAGGCGCAGGUUAGCUCUGAAAGUUGCAAAAACAGUGAAGCAGAGAGUAAAGAAAUGACUAAAAGCCUGUCUAAAAAUAGUAAAAAAGAACCAGAUGUUGCGCAAAAGGAUCAGAGUUCAGUCGGCGCGGAUGGCACCUCUGAACUGCCUGUCAACAACAACAACAACAAACCCAGCACUAACGAUCACGAUGCCAACAACUCAGAAAAGCCAGAAUCCUCAGAUGCACAGAGGUGUACUGAUGCAAAGAAAGAUGCAUUAAAGACAGGAACAUCAAAGCAGCGUCCCUCUAUUCCCCUGGAUCAGUCCGACUCAGCAGCCAUAGCAGCCGCUGAAGCGCUUGCCAGUCUCACAGGAGGAGAUGGAGAAGACAGCCGAGAGACUCCUUGCUCAUCUGAAAAGGCCAAACAGGUGAAACCGGGGAGCAAAUUCAAACAACGUGGGGGCCACCCGUCCUUGAAAGGGGUCUCUAGAACACAGGCUGCUGCUGCAGACAGCUCCACAUCUGUGCACAGCACUGACAGAGAAGAUGCAGAUGAUAUGCCAGAAGCAGAUGAAGGUGAUGAAUCCAUAUCAGGAUCAUCCUCUGACCCAAGCUCAUCAUUCCCAUCAGACAAUGAGGAUAAUGAUGAUGGGGAGUGUGCCAUUGUGUCAGUAAAGAUGGCCCCGGAGAUGAGGCAGUCAGUGGCUCUUCUGGCGCAGGUGCAGAUGAGACUGGAAGCUCUCGAGAAGAAGAGCGCUCGGCUUCACCAAAGGUUGGAGCUGAAGAUAAGUCGUCAGAGGCGCCCGCAUCUGGAUCAGCGUAGCUCCAUCAUGAAAACUAUCCCAGGCUUCUGGGUGACAGCUCUGUUGAACCAUCCUCAUCUCUCAGCUCACAUCGAUGAAUCAGAUGAAGAUGCUCUCAGUUACAUGACUGAACUUGAGAUUGAGUCAUUCAAGAAUAACAAACUGGGCUUCAGGAUCCGCUUCCACUUCAGACGAAACCCAUACUUCCAGAAUAACAUCAUCAUGAAGGAGCUGCACCUCGGGAUGGGAGGAUCUCCCAUGUCCUUCUCCAAUCCCAUUCUGUGGCAUCGUGGACAGAACCUGACGGCCAACAGCGAACCCAGGAAGUCAUCUCGCGGGGUCUACCAUACUUUUUUCAGCUGGUUCGGCGACCACAGCAACCCAGGACAAGACGAUGUAGCACAGAUACUCAAGGAUGACCUGUUCAGAGACCCUCUGAGAUACUACCUCACUCCUCUCUGGGAACCGCGGGAGAACGGCAGUGGCGGCAGCGGGGCCCGACCAGCUGACAACGGCAACAGAGACGACUGUGUAGUGAUCUCUGACUCAGACGAGGAGCCUGGUGAGGAGGCUGGUGAGGCAGAACAAGGCCACAGUAGGGAGGAGGAGGAGGAAGAGGAGGAUGAAGAGGAGGCGGAGGAGGAGGAAGAGGAGGAGGAGAGAGGGCCAAGCGCUGGAAAUAUGUCCUCCUCAGAUGAGAGCCCAGAGGAGGGCGAGGAGGAUGAUGCUGGAGAAAUUGUGAUCGACGGCUCUGAUGACAGCGAGCAGGAAGAAGAGGAGGAGGCCUGAGAGGAGGAAGAAGUGACACGUGUGGGACCAGAGAGCAGGAAGAUAAAGGAGCAUGCCGACUUUGGCAAAAGAGACACGAAGCAAUUAAUUCUCAUUUGUAUGCACAGAAUAUCAGUUGUUCUUUUUCUUCAUUUUUUACCUAAAAUUCAUAGAAAUACUUUUAAAAUCAGGGUUAACUGUAAUAAUAAAGCCAAGGCAGCAUGUUUUCCCUUCUAUUUUAUAUAGUCAGUGCUGUGUAUUCUGAUGUAUUCUUGAUUCACAUUUUUGCAAAAUCUUGUUUUCUAAUCUGGUUGUGUGGCACGUUACGCCUGUCAGUUCAUACUAAGUUUAGUUCUUUUACAGAGGAAGACGACGACAUUGUAAAGCCUACACAAACACACGUGCACACACAUCAAUGAGUUUCAGAUUGCCUGCCGCUAUUUACGGCAAAACAAUGUUCUUCAAAGGAAACAUAAAUAAGAGCAGCAACAUGAAGUGGCAUUAAUAAAGAUCACAUGAUGGAGAUUUUUCUCCUGAUUCAAGAAUUGACGUAAGAAGAGAAACAUGUCAGGAGCUUAAUUGAUAAUAUGACAGUACAUUUCAGAUGCACUGAACCAAAAUUAGUUCUCAGGGAUGAUCAUGGUGGGAGUUUUAUUGAGCAGACAUUACAGAUUUUUACACAUUUACACUCUGGUUGUUGUUGGUUGUGAAUAAGGAAACGUGUACUCUACUGUAGUAAAUAGGAACAGAUAUUGUUUUAAUAUGCUACCUGUGCUUCUCCUUCACCUCUCAGUCUUGUCACACACAACCCCUUAAACCUGUUAGCAACCUGUAAACCAUCUCUGAUGUUGAAAUCACUGCAUAGUUUUAACAUGUUUCUGUGGGUACUCCUAUAGUAUUGUAUUUCUUUCCAUCUUAGUCGACUUUGCUUUCUGAAACAUUGACGUUUGAUUUGAUGUAAUGUGUUUAAGAUCUGUUGUGUUCUCUUUUUAAAAAGACUGUAUUUAUUACUUGGCUUUUCUACAUUUCCACAUCAUGGCAUGCCUGUGAGCAUGAACUGUGAGACAGGAUGAUUUCAUUAGGACUUUUUUUGUUUUCUGUGCAGUGUUGGUAAAUGUUGUUGAACCCACACCAACGCCACAAGGUGCACUGUAACGAAACUAGUAUUUGUAUUUGCUUACUUUUCUUAGCAAUGACCUGUAAAUAAUACUUCAGCUCUGUCUUUUGGACAAGACACAUACCUAACCCAUGGAUAAGUUUAUCAAAUAAUCUGGACUUUUUUCAUAAACAUGAUCAGAAAGGUAUAUUUUGUGUGCUGUGUUUUUUAGAACACUGUAGUUUACGGAUACCUACCUGUUUGUUGCUUUGGUUAAUUUUUGUUUGCUUAAAGAUAAAUGUCCACCUUUUGACUCAGACCUAAUAAAUAGGCAGUUGUUACACUU